AUGGCUUCAUGGCGAGAGCCUCUACGUUUUCUAAUUCUAAUUGUUUCGUUAGCCGUUUGUCUUAACAUUAUUGCAGUGAAAGGAGAAGGAAAACUUGCCUGUGUAGUUCAAAAUACCGAUGACAAAACUCUUCAGGUAAAACUUGGAUGUGACUCGUCGGAGCCGCGCGCAGUAGCUUGGGGGAAAUUUCGGGACGAAAUUCAUUCUACUGGGUAAGUGCUGAAGGAAAUAAAAGCAAUUAUGAGUCAAUAAUGCUAUUAAAAAUAAUACUGCUCUAGUUUUAAAUCUCACGUAUCGCAUUAAAGUAAAUUGUAAGACUACAUUUUUUGAAAAGAAGAGGCAGUUAUACAGCUUAUGUAAUUUACUGACUCUCUCGUGACUCUAAUUAUAUGUGAGGAGGAAAUGGUUAAAACAAUCGUGGACACAAGUGGUUGUUGGAAGAUUUGUGAAAAUUAUUCUUUAAUGCUUAUUAUUUCUUAUUUAAAAUAACUGCAUAUAUCGCAGACCAAAUGUGCAAGUUUCCAGCAGAUUAUACAACAUUCAACUUUGGAAUGGGGUCAGUGUAGGCGACCCCCAAGUCCCGCCCUAAUUGUUCUCGGAAGUCCCGUGUUCAAGUGCGCUUUCCAUUCGGCAAAAAUUCCGGUUUGAAAUUUCACGUGCCCAGUGUAACAGUACAUUCUGGUUGCACAGACUCGAUCCAACUGAGCCACUGCACGUUUGGUAAAAUAAUUGUUCUUGCAAGCAGGAGACAAAAGAGUGGUACUGGGGACAACAAUUUUCUCAAAUGGGAAGGUACAUUUUGGUCCAACCUACUGAAAUGGCUAAACUGGUCAAAGAGGACCAUCAUCAAAGCUGGUCCUGAAUAUUCUGGUCAGAUCAAACUGAAAUGAUCCUUUCCAUUUGAUAACAUACCAACCAAAAUUAUUCUGAAAUUUUGGGUUGAGUGGAAAGCGCCACAAAUCCUUGAUCACGCUUGUAAAUAAUCCCUUGUGCUAAAUAACACUCAAAGUGCAUUUAUUUUGUAAUAAUAUCAUAAUUUUUGUGAUAGAUGGUCAUUCCUUGAGGUUCACUCAAAUGGCUCGUAUCCAGAUAUGACUCAGGCAGUGGCAGUGGGAAUGACUGAGGGAUUUCUAACUGGAGAAUUGAUUUACAAAGCUUAUCAAAACACCCUGGCUGGUUACUGUGAUUCUGAGCCAGAAUUCUGCAUGAAGCUUGGCAGGUUUCUUGCUGAAAAUGAAAAAUGGAUGAUGGCACAAAUUACUAGUAACCCUGGUGACAAAUAUUGGUACCAGGUCAGUUAAAGUGCAUACAGCUUUAUGAGCAGGGUUAAAACAUGAGUUGCAGCUAAAUGGUUAAAUAGACUUUAAUCAGUACAAACUGUCAGUUUAUUUACUGAUAACUUAGAAUAUCUGAUGUAGCCCUAAUUACUAAUACACUAAUAUUGAGAUUGGGGCUACUUUGGGCAAGAAAAAAGAGAGAUUUAGAGUCACGUUUACAGCAAAUAAAGGGCAACUUUCAUAUCCAAUUUUAAUAUUUUUAUGAAUACAAAUGUUAGAUAAAAAUAAUUUGUGGAAACUGUGAGGUAUGGUUUAACAAUUAAAGUCGCUAUCAGCUCCAUCCCUAAAUGCUCUUAUAAAUAGAAAAAGCAAAUAAACAUACAUGUAUCUACAUGCAUAGAUUCAAUUAACUGAAGAUAUAUAUUUUAAACACUGCACUGCCAACCUUCUGAAUCAGUUUUAUGGAUUGACUUUUAUAGUGUCGUAAUCAUUGACCCGCUGUAGCAGCAAGUAAACCAAACUGUUAGCCCUCAAUCAAUCGAUACCUUAUUUAAGUGUCAAACUAACCUAGCAGGAACCAAUAAAUGGGGACACUAUAAAUUAAAAUAAGCAGCUAAUUUGUAGGAAUUUGUAUCAUAUGCAUUAUUGACUAGAGACCAAAGUGUAAAAUUUAUAAGAUUAUUAACAUGUGUAUAAUUGCUGAAUUUAAAAAAAAAACUGUUCAAAAGUAAAAAUGGUAGUGUGUUCAUAAGAACAUAACAACUCAUAGGAACUUAAGCCCUGAACUUGUCAGCGUUAUUGCAUCAGUGUAACUUCAAUAUAAAAUACACUAUGUUGGGCUAAUGUCAGGUUUAAUUCAUGUUAUUAGGUGAAGCUUAUUCUUGCACAGUCUGAAGGCCUCAAAAAGGGUUAUGCAGCAAAUGCAAGCCUUCCCUCUAUUUUGGAUUUUGCAUUCCUGUAAGUUAUGACAUAUGAUGAUUGCAAAGAUGAUUGUAUUAGUUAAACUGAUCCAAGAAUGAUAUAUGUCGCCUGAAGUAAGAGAAAAAAGAGAAAGAUUUUUCUGGAGAGAAGUCUAAAAUAUCUAUAAAUUUUAUAGUAAUGAUUAUUAUUUAUAACAAAUGCAGUUAACUCUUGCCUUGUGGACACCUUGCUAAUAUGGACACUGCACUAAUGUGGACAGCAGCGAAAUACUGGGAAAAAUCAAAUUACAGGUGUUUGACUUUAUAAACUCCUGCUAUUACAGACUCUUGCUAAUGAGGACACUAAUUAACUUGAGGUCCCUUUAAAGUGUCUACAAGAAAGGCUAUAAAGAAGUUGACUGUAGUAACUACAGUCAACUCCUUUAUUAUUAUGAAAUAAACUGUUUAUUUUUAACAAUGAUUAAUAUUUAUAAGUUAUUGUUUUUGAUGAAGUGGCAAAUUGAAAUAUAUUUUACCACAUAAAAUGAUAGAGUAUUUUUGAAAGUUUUGUUUUGGGCACAAUAAACAUAAACUAAAUAAAUGCAGGCUACUGAUUCACUGAUUUCUCUUUUCUGUUUUCUUUGUUUUUAACAGAUUGAUGCAGGCAGCUUUGGACAUACCAGCAUUGGAGCAGGUGUUAGGAAAAAAGAACAUACAUCAUAUGAUUGGUUCAGGCCACUGUUCUGCUCUAAUCAAACUGUUGCCAGGCAACAAAGACCUGUUCAUUUCUCACGUUACGUGGGAUUCAUAUUCAGGAAUGCUGAGGGUGUUUAAGCUUUAUGAUAUUCCAGUCAGUGUGAGUGGAGAUAAAGGUAAGUCACAUCACCAAAAAGCUGGCCUUUUUACCAGAAACUACCCUCUCCUCCGUGCUGACUGCAAGUGGGCUUCAAUGAGAAUCAUACAUAUACAGUCAAAACUUUCCCACCAUAAUUCAACGGACUCCUCUCUAUUACAAACAAUUCUGUUGGUCCCUUUGAUUUCUUAAGUCUCACAUUACUGUUAAACACUCCACAAGCAUAAGCUGUAAACAAUGUUUAUUACAAGAACAAACUACAUACUGUCCAAAUAUUACAUCAGCUACAACACAUGGUUCGUCCUCACUUUUCCUGGCAAUCCUCAUGGUAUAGACACACUCAUGUCAUGCACCACUCACAUGGGUGUCACACGUCACUCUACAUUGUCUUACACUAGCUGUAUCUCUUGUCCUUAAUGUAAAGGUUUGGCUGUUUAAUAAUGACUUGUAUUUAGCAUUCUCUGCAAUCAUUUUUCCAGUUCCCUGAGAAAUUUGUUGUGCCCUCUUUUUAACAUAGUAUUUUUAUAUACAUGUACGUUUUGACUAUGAUACCAGCUCCCUAGGAAGUAAUAGUUAAAUUAUUGAUAUAGUUUCCUGUGUUCCUACAUGAGUUGAAUGAAUUUUUCUCACUUUUUGGGUUUAAUGACAAUGAUAGUGAUAAUAAUAAUUUGAUGAUGAUGAUGAUAAUAAUAAUAACAAUAAUAAUAAUAAUAGUAGUAAUGAUAAUAAUAAUGAUAAUUAAUAAUAAUUUUGUAAUAAAUAAAUAUAAUAAUAGUAAUAUUAAAAGUAAUACAUGUAGUUAGAUACAUGUACUUUAGUCCAACUCUGUCUGUAACAAGACUUUAUACGUCUACAAUGUAGUUAAUUAAAACCUGAUUCUGCUAUUUGAGUUUUAUAAUUGCUGGUUAAUAUUUUAGGAGACAUCAUUGCAGGAAGAAAGCAAAGUUUUUCCUCAUACCCAGCCAGUAUGACUAGUAGUGAUGACUUCUACAUGUUGAGCAGUGGAAUGGUUAGUGGAACAAAAAAUUGUUUUUUUUUUUUUAUUCUCGAUGAUUAUGUACUAUUAUUAUUUUUGGCAGGAUGUACUCAUGUUUGUUAUUCUACCCGCAUCGUCAGUCCAAAACGGUAGAGACAGCUUAAGGGGUCUUUGCUCCUCCCUCACUCAGACCCCCUAGUGCUAUGGCCUCAAAACAGACCAUUUGCUAAACAAUUCAUGAGAAGAAAACACAUACCACCGGUAGUAAGGGGCUUCGUCACGAGGGUAUGCACUGUUUUUGGCCAAUUCUGUACUGAAGGCAUUACAUUCUGUGUCGGAUCCAGACCUUCCGAUAGGGUAAGGGGGCAAUCAUCCAGACCCUGAGAUAACAAAGGGCCUGGUCUCAAAAAACAUUUUUUUUCGACCCUUUGGGCAUCAGUUUGGUCUAAAAAUAAGGGGGGCCCAGGCCCCCUCCCUUUGAUCUGCCACUGACAUGUACUUAAUUCCUUUACACACACAGUUAUGAGUUAUGAACAAGAUAUCAAACAACUUUCAUCAGAGAGCAGUAACAAUAAUUUAUUUCUUGGUGAUUUUUGCAGGUAUAACAUUAAAACUUCAUGGCUGUCACUAUGGGCCAUGGGGGGGGGGGGGAUUUUCCCUGACUACCAUGAUGAUGACCGCCGGCUAUUUUCAUAGGAAACAAAAUGAAAAUGAGACCAAAAGAACACCUUUCCCCACCUGCAUACUGUGCUAAAUUGCAAAUAUGCAUAAACUUGCCAUCAUUGGCAACAUAUGACAGGAAACCAUUUCAGUGCCUAAAUUUAGUCUUAAUAACAGAACAUUAAAUAAUAUCCAUGUAGCAGUGAUAAUUAGUUUGAUAAGAAAAGAGGGAUGAAGCAGACAAAGACAAUGAUGAGUAAUGUUUCAAUAGUUAACAUUUACAUUAACUGUAUGCCUUGAAAAGGUUCUACAGUUUUGUUUUUUCUUAUUUGUUGUUUGCAUAACAGGUAUCUCAGGAAACCACUAUUGGAAAUAGUAACCCAGACCUGUGGAAAUAUGUUACAGAAACCGGUAUUGUACUAGAAUGGAUUCGUUCUAUUGUGGCCAACCGAUUAGCAAGUACCUCGGGAGAGUGGGCCUACUUAUUUUCAAAAUACAACAGUGGAACGUAAGUUAUAGGCCAUCUGAAAGAACUACAUGUAUUCUUUGUUAAAUACCUCUUUCCUGUAAGCUACGUUAGACCUUUUUCGACAGUGGUUUGGUAGUUUUUAGAACGUCAACCAGAUCAAGAGAAAAUUAGUUAUCUCAUUUCCUCUUGCCAGCUACAUGUACAAUUAUUCAAAUAAUAAAUGAGUCGGUCAAUAGGUAAAUCAAAAAAUCAGAAUUGAGAAAUAUAAGAGGAACAAAGAUUAAAACACUUUACAUGUAAUACUGCAAAUGAUACAUGUAGCAGUAGUCAUGGUUUGCUGACAUUUUGUAAAUGAAUAGUCAUUUGCGUAAGUUGUUGUAAGGGAAUUUAUAGCACUAAACCAGUGUUGCCAUUCACAUUUGUUGUAUUAUUGGUCAGUUAACGCUGGGUUUAAUACAGUUGCUUACGACCACUCUUGAAAGUGACCAGCUUUAGUUAUGAGCAGCACUGUGAAACCCGUUUGAAGUAUGACUUAAGCUCUGAAUUGAGAAGAAAUAAUUUCUUUUCAAGAAAAGCUUAUUUUUCCGCGCGUCAUCAGCAGUUAUCAGGGAGGCUACGGCAACGAUAACGGCUAAAAAGCAAUGAGUUUAGAUUAGCAAAACAAAAUCUGUACACGUGUGUCACGCUUUUUUGUACAUUUCUUUGCUGUCGUUGCAUGACAACAACGUGAAACUUCCUAUUUUCACGUUUUGCGGAGGACAUGAACACUGACAAAAAAAUUAUUUUCUUUUUGUUUUCCUGAACUUCGAUGCAGUCCUUUAGAAUUUAACUCCAGAAAAAUUCGCCUUUUUUGUCGAUUGAACGAGAUGGAAUUUUACUCGCGAUAAAGUUUGAAGCAGCUAGCUCGUUUUCUCUUCUUAAGUGACGUUAUUGUUAAAUGUAGGCGUCGCCGUCGUCGAUGCUUAAGCUUCCUGUUAUUCUCCUUUGCUGCUUAUGCUGCGAAAAGUUGAAAAGAGGCUCUCCUUUUAUAUUCGUACUCUUUAAGUAAGUGAAGUAGAAGGAAGGGCGCUCAUUUGCAAAAUGUUGUUUGGCUAGCGGGGGGCGGGGUGGUGGUAAGGGGAAAGGGAGGGUUGGUUUGAUGCAUGUAGACUCUUCAUGUAUUUUCAAUUUAUUAUUUUCGUCAAUUUUUUUUGUUGUUGUGUUCUUUCUUUUUAUUUUUUCAAAUCAAUCGACACCUGUAUCUGCUGCUGCCCCUUAACUUGUGGUACUUCAUGUGAUGAAAACGUUUUUCUGGAACAGCUACAACAAUCAGGUGUGUGCCACUUUCGACGUUAGUGUGCUUGGAGUAGUUCUCUUUCUAGAGAACUACUUUCUUUCAGUUUAGACUGGAGCGAGCGAUGGCGGACGGACGUGUGUAUGCGAGCUCUGAAGCCGUAAGCGUCGAGCAACGUGAAUUCUCCUCCGAACAAGAUAUUCCAGACCCUGCAACAUAUGUCUCUUCUCUUAAGACGGACGAGUUAAAAGCAGAACUGAUCAAGCGUGGACUCAAACGAAGUGGAAAUAAAAGCGUACUGAUCGAUCGACUACGAGCCGCCAUUCAAUCUCAAGACCAAGGCGAAGAGCCGAUUGAGAGGAGCAGCUCGAACGCUGACAUGGAUGAACGUUUAACGGCCCGGUCUUGUUCUAAUAACAAGCUCAUAUUUGAAGAUUUUAUUCUUUUAUUGAAGCUAAAGUCAAAGAACUCUGCCGCUUUGAAAUUGAGAAUCUUAAAUCCGACGCGAGUUCGUCUUAUGCAAAUGAGCUGGUCAUAUCACUGCAGAAUGAGAUCAAAGAUCUUCAAGACAAAUUGCAGGAGUUGGAGUCCCAUCACACCAUUUUGA